GUACGCUCGGAGGUUUCGGAGCACAAACACGGCGGGUCAGCCAUGCUGAAGAAGUGAAAGCGCAGCUCCGUUUCCUUCUCGCUCGACGAUGAAACGGCGCUUUUUAACGUGAGUGUCCGCAGCCGGAGCCCCGCGGAGCGCCCUCGAGAUCGUAUCCGCCCGACCCGCAGCUGUGUGAGUGCCGCGUGAAGUUUGUUGGCCGAUGGCGCUGAGCUCGGGCUCCUGGCCGCCGCCGCCGCACGCAGCUCCUCCGCCGGGCCCGUCUCCUCCCUCAGCUCUGCACGGAUGUGAGGCCUCCCAGCCGGGCUGCAGCACUGUCCUCAUGUCGGUGAAGGUGUCCGUGUGCCACUCGGGGGUCCGGCCGCUGUGUCUGCCUGGAACAGGAGCCGCGGACGAGGCGGUGCGGCUCCAGCUCAGCAUGGACCCGGGGAAGGUGGGGGAAUUCCGCCUGGCGCUCAGAGCCUGCGGCGGGGCAGCUGCUCCUAGAAGCGUGACAAUCGCUGAGUUUGACCUGAGGGCGGUUCGCUACGAGACCAAGACGUCACAGAGUCACGAGCUGAGCCUGAUCGCGCCCCCUCAUGACCGGAUCACGUUCAACUUCCGAUCCAAGCAGGAAGCACAGGCUUGGGCCACUGUGGUGAUGUCAUCACUCCGUGAAGCCCAUCGAGUGGCCACUGGUUCUCCCGCAGAGGACGGACAGUUACCACCCCAGCCUCUGGCUGCACACAACCCUGCCCUCUUGCCCAGUACAGAGGAGCUGUGUCAGGAGCUGGUUCGGUCAGUAGAGGCUGGCGAUGUUCAGGCUGCGUCUGCAUGUGCUCAGUCUUUGGCUCGUCUGCAGACAGCAUUGUCCAUUCAGCCCUCCCAGAAACACUACACUGACAUGGAGAUCAGUUUGGCAGUGGUGGUGGAGGACGCUUCCUCUUCCUGUUGCGUUACAGUAAAAGUCUUCCCCCACACCCUGGUAGCUGCUCUCAAACAGCAGGUGUUUCUGGAGUACGGCUUCCACCCGCGUGUGCAGCGCUGGGUGAUCGGGCAGUGUCUGUGUGCCGAUUCACGCUCUUUAGCAUCGUACGGCGUGCAGCGUGACGGGGACACUGCCUUUUUGUAUCUGGUGUCGGCGCGGCAGGCUGGGCUGAGUCGGACGCUGGUUCAGCAGGACCAGGAGAACGCCCUGCUCACACCAAACCCACCCGCAGGAGAGACGCAGCCUGUGGCGAAUGGACCAGCAGCACACUGGAGGGCCUACAGCACCCUGCCCAGCAGACUACACCAUAAUCACCACAAUAACUCAGGCAGCAGUAUGGGCGGAGCAGAGAGGUUAGGCUUAGGAGAGAUCCGUGACCUGAUCAACCUGGAGAUGCCACAGCUAAACGAAGCCCUGGUGUCCAACAGAUCUAACACACAGCUGGGCUGGGCCUGCCCGUCUUGUACCUUCAUUAACAAACCCACUCGACCUGGCUGUGAGAUGUGCAGUGCUGACCGGCCCGAGGGCUACACCGUACCAGGAGGCUACAGACCAGACGCUCUCGAACUGCGCCGCAUCCAGCAGGAGAAAGAGGCCAUCAGACAGUAUCAGCAGGCACAGGAAGCGGAGCGCAGGGAGAACUACGCUCGGCUGGUACAGAUGGAUGGCCAGGAGCUGGUGCCGAACCCAGAGAGUGUGGAGUGCAGGAUCUGCUACCUGCAGCUCCAGCCAGGAGAGGGAGUUCUACUGCGGGAGUGUCUCCACUGCUUCUGCAGAGAGUGCCUGCGUUCAGUGAUCUUGCUGUCGGAGGACCCUCAGGUGGCCUGUCCAUACAGAGACGAGGCCUAUGCGUGUGACUAUACCCUGCAGGAGAGAGAGAUCCGCGCUCUGGUUUCGGGUGAAGAGUACGAGCGCUGGUUACAGAGGGGUCUGUCGGUAGCCGAGUCCCGCUGUGAAGGCAGUUAUCACUGUGCCACCACAGACUGUCCUGGCUGGUGUGUGUACGAGGACACGGUCAACACCUUCCACUGCCCCGUGUGCAGCAAACACAACUGCCUGCUUUGCAAGGCAAUUCAUGAAGGGAUGAAUUGUAAACAGUACCAGGAUGAUCUUGCUGCUCGCGCCAUCAAUGACACUGCAGCCCGAAGGACCAGAGACCUGCUGAAGACUCUGGUCAGGUCUGGUGAGGCGAUGCACUGUCCCCAGUGUGGCAUCAUCGUCCAGAAGAAGGAAGGCUGUGAUUGGCUGCGCUGCACUGUCUGUCACACAGAGAUCUGCUGGGUCACCCGAGGCCCACGCUGGGGUCCAGGGGGACCCGGGGACACAAGCGGGGGCUGCCGCUGCAACGUGAACAAACAGAGAUGCCAUCCAAAGUGCCAGAACUGCCACUGAUGGAGGAAAAAGAGCGAGAAGCAAUUAGAAAGAAUAAUGAAAGAAAUAAUCAAAAGCCAAAGUGGAAGGAAGGAGGAAGGUGUAGGAGAAAAAGAAGCCAAAGCGGAAACCAAAGCUGAAUAUCUGUUACUUCACAGAAAUAUGAUUAAGGCAAUAGUACUGAAUGAAAUGCACUUUUCUAAACACUGUAAAUAUCCUCAUAUUUAUCUGUCUUACUCCUAAGAGCUAUACUACACUGGUAAGAAGUAUUAAUAUGCAUUAGUGCCUUUGCUUUCCUGUUCUAAACUACAGAAUCACUAAUAGAACCACAGAACCAGGUUGGUAUUAAGGAUCGUACACAUCCUAUAUGAGUUUUUUAAAAUCCAAUGUGUACUUUUUUUUUUAAAACCACAAGACUCUCAGCUACAUAACAUACACAUAUCAGCACCCGGGCGACAUGCCAGUUUGCAGAGAAACUUUAACUGUAACUAAACAACUGGAAGUCUGGAAAUAUGGAGGGGACACUGGAGAAUGUUCUAGUCUGACAGAAUCAACAGAACUCCUCAGGAUGACUGCGCUUAACUCAGUGCCUUAUGGUGUGUCUGCAAGUAGUGAAUAAUUCCAAAUUUUCUUUUGUAGAUAUUUUUGUAGAACUUAAUAUGACCUUUCUAAUAAUUUAAUGUAAACCUGAAGCUUUCAUGCUUUAAAGAGAUAAAAAUAAACAUGGACAAUAUUACAGUGUU